AAUAAACAGGAGGUCUUCAUGUAUGAUGGAGGCCUUCAUUACAAUAAUGGACGUCGAGGUCAAGACGAGCACUUCAGAGGACGGGUCUCACAUUUCCCACAAGAGCUGCAGUUUGGUAACGCCUCCAUCAUCAUCAGAAACACCACGGUGGCUGACAGUGGAGUCUACACCUGUGAUUUUCCACAUCUGCAGCCAGAACAAAGGUUCUGCAUGAAACUUGUUGUUGAACUCACCUUGAAAGAUCGAUCAGGAGAAAUCCCAGGUGCAGCUCCGAAGCCGUUUGUUGGGAUCCUGAACAUCAGCGAGGACGAGGCGCUGCUGAAGUGUGAGGUCAGAGGAGCUUCUCCAAAGCCUAAAGUAGAGUGGAGGGACAGCGAUGGGAACAUCCUUCCUGCUGAGGAGCCACAGGUGUCACGCACAGGAGAGCGCUAUGACAUCACCCUCCUCACCACGGUGACCAGGACAAACAGCAGCCUCUUCCUCUGUGUAGCCACGCAGGAGGAGAUGGGCCAUGUGACCCGUGAUCAGAUCGACGUGCGUUACUGUGAGAAAACGUCUGAGGUGAAGUCCCACUGUGGAGUCGGUGUGCUCAUAGGUUUGUGGUUUUCUGCAGUUCUGACUGUCGCUGCAACUCUGGCUCUAUCUGUAGCUGCACAGUGCAUCAGAAAACACAAGAAAGCUUCUCAGAGAAACCAGAGAGACGAUCCUUCUAAGGAAGCUUGUAACGGUGACGCUUCACUCACAAACUGUUUAACGUCACAGCUGUAGUGUGUUUGUGUGGCGGGGGGGUCACCAUUACUUUUUUAAUAUUUUGUUUUUUCAUCCCUUUUAUUAUUAUUUUUUUUUAAAUCCGUCUCGUUGUGUCUCCAUGUUUCACACUGCAGUCUGUGAUGAGUCAAGGAGAUCAUAUUGAUUAUGUCAACUGUAAGUGUUUCACUCCAAAACCUGCUGCAGGUGCUGGUGAUCCUGCAGAAACUGGUUCUACUUUUUAGAUGUCAGAUGGUAAAAAGCUGCUUUGACUUCUUCAAAUAUCACUCAGCUUCACGUUGUUGUCACAACAAACCAAAGUUUCCUGCAAACCUUUGACUGUAUUUAAACUUGAUGAGAUUGACUUUUUCUUUUGUCUUCCUGUCGAGUCGACUUGUUGGAGGAACGUCUGUCUGUAUUGGAGGUGUUCACAUCUGUUUUUAACAUUUCUCAGGUUGAAAUCUGUUUUUACUCAGAGUCAUCAGCAGCUGUGCCUUUCACAGUGAUGAAGUUUGUGCUGUUAAAACUGGUAUUGAUGUAUUUAAGAAUCAAGCUGCUUUCAAAAUGAUGGAUAUUUGUGUAUUUUAUGGUUUUAUUAAGCAUUUUGACACAGAUUUUAUAAAAUUUGCAUCACACUUUUUAAAGUAUUCUAAAUAAACACUUUUAACUUUAAACUCUGGCAUCUUUUUCUGGCUCAGCACCGGGAAGCUUUAUUAUCACCGUCCAUA